AUGCCGUUUCGAAAAUAUCGAGCGGUGACCGCGUUCAGUAAAAAUGACACCCGUAUCUUCAAGCAAAUUUAUCAAGGACGACUCAAAUUGAAAGUACCAAUGUUUAAAACACCCGAAUCUAUAAAGGCUCUUGACGUUCAAAUUUUGGAUCCAAAUGAUGCAGAUUUUGUGCACAAACUGCGUUCAAGAGGGACCGAACUUUUGGAAGCUCCUAAAACAGUUGCAUCGGCUUCUUUCUUCAAAAAAUCUUUAGUUCAAGACCAUCCACUUUACCAAGCGAAGAAAGCCUACAUUUUUGAGGGAAUUGAACCGUUUUGCGAUGGUAUGUCUCAGGCUUCAACAUUGACGCAUUCAGUGCUUAUUGAGGGACUACCUUUGGACAUACAAACAAAAGCACAAAAAUUUGAUAUUUCUGAAGAAAAGGUUCGUGAUGCCAUUCUGCAUGCCGAGAAGUAUGAUCCGUCACUCGAUAAACUCCCUCGGCGACAUGAUCCCGUCAUAUUUUGGGUGACUCAUCCACGAGUUCAUGGAACACCUGUAGUGAAAAGAAACAACAUUUUACUUGACAACUUGCAUCGGCAUCUACUCUAUGCAAUGAUUACAAAAGGAACGGUUAGAGCCGAACAAUUCAAACUUGAUCGGGACGAGUUCCUUUCGGCUAAAGUUUCAUCAGGACGAUUUUCUUCUUCUCCACUUGUUAUCCGAUCACAACCCCAUCUCGCCAUUCAAACGACAAAUGCUACAGAGGCCUGGGCCAAAGGAGAAAAACUGAAGGAGAUUUUGAAACAACCCGUUCUCUCAUGUCAUCCAAUCGACCCAAUCAUCGAUCUCAAGCUUGACAAUAUCUACAACAAUGAACCGCUAUUACCGAGAAAAGAACAUAGUUUACAUUUAAAUACUUUAAUGUGGACUCGAGAACAAGAUCAGAAGUAUCCAUGGACUAAAGAACAAAACGCAGCCAACGCCAUAAUGCAAACUUUUGGUGCAGCAGUGGCCCAGGCAAGAAGAAUGAACCUGGAAGAAAAAGAUAUCGAGAAGCCGAUUUUGAUUAAAGGAGUGCAACUUGUCGAUGGGAAAUUGGAUCUUGUUGCCGUUCAACUAAACACAUUAGAUCUUCGACCGGAAAAUGCGCACAAGAAUGUCAUCUGGAUUGAGAAAGGUGUUCGCUUGUACCGCCCAAAACCUUUCUACGAGCAGCUGAAAACAGUCGAUGAGCUUGAUUUGGAGACGGAGACAAGUUUGCUGAUGUGUGACCAACUGCAGACUCGCAAGCAUAUUCGGUACUUGGUGCGACAUCUCAAUAUCUUUCCGAAUAAUUAUUCGUCUUUGGAUACCACAAAGAUUACGUUGUUCUACUUUGCUAUAUCAGGACUUGAUCUUCUUGGGGAGCUAGAUGCGUCGCUGAAAGAGGGGGGGCGAAAGAGAUGCAUCGAUUGGAUUUACUCAAUGCAGCUCACUUCUCAGUCAGCAAAUUACGGCUUGUGUGAUUCGGGAGUCAGGGGAUUUGGUGCGAUCGCUUUCGAUGAGAGACGAAGAGAGAAUCGGUGGAUUGUUCAACACAAUCUCUCCACAUUUUGGAAGCGCGAUGAAUUGGUCGGAGAGCGAAUCACUUUUCCAACCCCACUCGUUCCACCACGCUCGAUAUCCGCGAAAUGGAGACUGCCUGAGCAUUUCUUUUAUGAUCAAACAGAGGUUCAACUUAUUAAUCGAAAUCUCCUUGCUGCAAGACAAGUCCAGGAUGGAACCGCGCAAAUGUGGACUGUUAGCGAAAGAAGCAAUCAGAAAACAUUAGAAUUAUUCACGUUGAAUACAAAAAGAGAUUUUGUCACCUUGGAUCCUGAACAAGCAUCAACGUCAAGUGUUCUUCCAGCCGCAGCUCGACAGUUGAAAACGGCAACAGAUCGUAUGAAUGGGGAUUUGUGGAUAAGAACGAUGGCAUCUUUGUAUUUAAAGACGCGGGACGAUCAAUUCACACAAAUUUUUCGAGGUGCGAUCAGUACGUUUCACGAAAAUCCCUUUUUCGAAGAAGUCAUCAUUUGUGACGGACGCGAUUUUGUGUGGAUUGGACAACCGGGAAACUCUUUUACAAGGGUGAAAAAUACAUUCGGAACAGCGAGCAAGAAACUGGCAUCUACAAGUCAUCCACGAAUUCUCUUUUCGGCGGAUGAGCAUUCAUUGAGAUUAUUGGAUGUACGAAAUGAUAGUCCUCAAACAGCCGUACCUCUAUAUCAACUCGAUGAUUGGCAAAAGAUAACAUCACUUUCUUCGAAAGAUUUUCUAUCUCAAAUUGAUACUGCCGAAGAGCCGCAGCUGCUAUUUAACAAACCAAGGAUUCUUCAUGUAUUGCCGAUGCAGGCAUCUGAAAGAUUUUGCAUGCUUGUCACUACAAAACACCUGAUUGUCAUUGAUUCAAGGAUCCCAGGGCAGCCAAUAUUCACAUUUGGACAUGGUAUCGAGGGCUUAAUUCAUCAUAUUGAGACGUGCCCUCCUUGGAGGGAUCCCGUUGAAGGAGGGUCUACUCUCCAACCUCCAAAAGUGUGUCGUAUGCCCGGCGAUUUUCUACAUCUUGUCAGAGAGGAUAUUUCUGGAGAAUCGUAUCAACAUUUGUUCUCGCCUACUCGAUCAAUUGCCAUUGUUUCGGAAUAUGGUGAAUCUGAUAGUUGUAUCAUCCUUACGGCUCUUGACGAUGGAUCUCUUUGGAGUCAACGUCAAACUCAUCAGAAAACGAGCACCAAAGAAACGGAAAAACUUUUUUCCGCCUCGGUUAAACUUGUCAAGAAAUAUGUUCGGUCAAAUCGCUACCAACCAGAUCCAUCUUUUGCCGAUCUACCCGAUGAACUUUGUCCUAGCCGCAAAGAUUUAUUAAUGACAGUGCCGGUUGAUCAAGUAACUUCGAAGAAAAAGUUUCGAAAGCCUAAACAGCAUUACGACUUGGAUCAAGUUAUGCAAACUAUGGACAGGACGAAUUUGAAUUCUAGCGCCGAGAAAGAAGAAGUACGAUCGACAGAAACAAUUGCUUUGAUUGAUAAAGAAACAAAUGAGCAAAGAAUCAACACAAGAAUGACGCUUGAUAUUUUGCAGGGAGAGCCAAUUGCAUCGAUCAGUCAUCUCUUAUCAUGGGAAGAGUUUGAUGCACAAGGACUUCUUCAAUCCAACACCACAACUACUCGGCUUGCUCUACUCGACAUUCAAGAAGAAAACGAAGACGAAGAAAUGAUGGAUGAAUUGCGCCGC